GCUUUGGAAGGAUUUGAAGUACAGUGUCUAUAAAUGUCACUAUUUUAUUCAAAAAUUGGUGCUUGUUUACAUAGAUCUCCAAUUGUUUAGGACUGUAAAUCAAAUCAUGAGAGGAAAGUUAAGGAAGCGCAGCUCAAAGGUCAUUAUUGAGAAACAGAAACCAAAAGUUUCCAAGAUAGUUUCUGAAGAAGAAAGUCCAAUAUCUGAUUAUCCAAUUUCCGAUGAAAUCCAAAGGCGUAUUUCUAUGAUUGGUCAAGGAUUUCAUCUCAAGUGCUCUCCAGACUUUCCAUUGUUUUACGAGUUUUGUGAAACUCUUCGUGCCAACGCCCCACUUGAAGCACUAUUAGAUGUCGGAUUUCGUCUGGUUGGUCCAUUUGAAAUACUUCAUUUAGGAUCAAAGGAGCCAGUCAAAAGUGGCCAAUGGUCAAAUUAUUACCGUUUUUAUCACGAUCCUCCGGAGUUUGUGACAGUGAUUAUAUGCACUACUGAACAAUACCAUAUAGGCUACUUCCGGGAUUCAUGCGAAUCUAAACCAUUUAUUGCCAAAUCAACGCAUAUGUCCAAUGGAGUCCUAGAGUAUUGUGGUCAGAAUUUGUUUGCUUGUCUAAGGUCUAUCCUUCAAGAAAAAUGUGCUGAAUCUACUGACUUGUUAAAAAGUCUUAUUGAAUUUGCAUCUUUUAAGAAUAUUCCAACAGGUUUAUCAUCAUUUUAUAUGAAGGAUCGAAAGAAACGUCAAGUGUGUGCCACAACAAACCAUAUAGGUUUAAUGAUCGAUGUGACUAAGAAUGACAUUGGAUACCGUCCUUUAAAUAUUUCUUACGGUAAGCUAAAACCACUUUCCCCUAUGUAACUUGGUAUUACUUGGAUUCUAAAACUUAGCGAGUUUUACAGUUUCAUUGUGUUUGAGAAGUUGCGUUUCUGACGGUUGUGGUAUAGUGAUAGUGUGAAUCAUAUCAUUUCAAAGCGGCUCAAUUCAAUUGAACACCGUCCACGAACAGAGUUUAUUGUUAUCUUGUUCAGUAGAAAACAGUGUUUAAUUAUAUUAGGCAAAAAAUAUUUCAAGUGUUUAUGUGAUGUCUUCAGUUUUUUUCUUCAUUUUAACUGAAUAUAGCCACAAAAUACAGCUACUUAUGAUAGGUCUCGAAAUCAGUUUAUAUAUCCUUGCUACCAUCUUCAAUAGUAAUUGUAUAUGCUUUCUCGUUUAUUCGUCUGUAUUUUGUUUAUCAUGUUGAAUAUAUAGUAAAAAGUGAUUUUCAUGGUCUUAUUUAGUUGUAUACCGUUACAUAAGUAAUUAAAUUUUGGGAUUUGAACACUAUUUUGUUUUCUUACCAUUCCUGCUUUAUACUUAAUGUAGAAGGGAUUAACAUACGGUUGUUUUGUGUCGUUUAGACUUUGGAUAUAAUUUCGUAACUAUUGGAUUAGUGGUAUUAUGUACUAUCCCGAUGCUAUUUUCUUUUGACAGCUGAACUAAACAAAAGACUGGAAGAUAUUGUCAGUGAGAAGUCAAAAGAACGGCAGUUAAUUAAAUUUGCUCCAAUCGAUGAGUUGAUUACCUGUGUUCAGUUUGCCAACGAUGAAGGAGAUUUUGGUCAAGGUUUAGAAUUGGGCUUAUCAAUAUUAGCAUUUCAUCCUAAAGGUAAUAAGAAGUAUUAUGAAAAAAACUGUUAAGUCGAUUGUUUAAGCGAUUGUGUGGAAUAAAGCAACGCUGUCAACAUAACUGUAGUCGAUUCACGAGUCAAGGGGGGGGGGUAAAAUUAAACUAUUUAUUAUUAGUUUGAAUCUCCGUGAAUCUUGCUAACGAUAGUUCAUCAAAUGUUCGUUUCUCCUUCAAACAAGAUUUGGUUGGGACAUGAGUCCAGUGAGUUGUGGUAACACUAUUAAAAUAACUGCAAGUUUUUUCUAAAUGUUAUUAAAUGAGAUACAGUUCAUCAUAUACACAAAGUCUACGUAAAGUGAAUACUAGUAUGACGUCAUAAUCCUAGACUUAAAAGAAUACAUAUCAGUACAUGGAGUGAAAAAAACUGAUUGUGUUAGUCAUAUAGUCAUCUGGAAUGUUGAUCACCAUCUCCAUAUUUAUGAACUCUUAUCUUCAGGAGGUUCCAUCAGAUUUUCACCAAACAAUAAUGUUAUAUUCUUACUAAUUGUAGUACGUUUUUCACACUAAUAAUUUUAUUUUAUUUUAGCUCAACCGCUAGAGACAGCAAACAUAUUUAACAAUAAAAUUAAACAUUUAUUGUCUGUCGGUUAUACUUUAGCCAAUAGAAAGGAAUUCAGUCAAGUAAUUCAGUCUCAUAUGGAUGACAGACGUAUUGAACCACUAACUUUCACAUAAAUUACCUUUGCUGUAUUUAUCUAUUUGGAUCGCACAUAGGUGUCAUCUUACACUUGCAUUUAUUUUUAUAUUAAUUGUGAAAAUUUCAGAGUCUGUUGGUUUUAUUAUUGUAAACAUUUUAAAUUAAGACUUUUAACACAUUGUUUUUUACUUACUGUUGUUUGUUAUUCCAUGGGAUUAGGUGUUUUUAAAUGAUGACUUGAAGUCAUUUACUGAAUAUUGUGUAAUAUAUUUGGGAUCCAGUUGG